UUAGUGACUCAUGAUCUAUGAAAGAGGCGUGGAAACCUGUCUACCCACUCUCUCUCUCUCUCUCUCUCUCUCUCUUUCUUGGUCCUUCUCUGUCAUUCAUACCCACAGCAAGUUCACAGCACAGCAGAGCCAAUAUUCAAAAGUCACCUAGGAACUUUCUCUGUUUACUUUCUUUCUUUGUUUUUAUAUUCACAAAGACUCUCAUUCAGGUGGAACCGGGAGCUUUUUUUUUUUUUUUUUUUGUCUGUGAAGCAGUAAAGAGGAACAGGGUCUGAUUACGUUCCUGUGAGAGACUCUUGAAGACUCAUCUUCUCAGCAGUUUUCUUUCUGUCUACUCUUCUUGUUUAGUCCCACACGUCUUACUUUGCUUCAAUACUUUGUUGUGAGGGAGAAUGUCAAGGACCCACUAUGGCGCUUGUGUUGUUUUAUGGAUUUUUUCCUUAGUGGCGUGUAAGGUUCCAGAGGUUCGUGUGACCUGCAUCUUCUCUAAGGACUGUAUUCUUCCCUGUUCUUUCACGCCCACUAAUGGUGAUGUGAAGAUCCAGUGGUUCCAGCAGGAGGCGCUCAUAUUCAGUUUACAGCCGCCGGGACAGAGGUUCAACCAUGGCAACAUGUCUCUGUUCAGCGACAGCGUCUCUGAGGGAAACGCAUCACUGCUUGUGAAACAAGUGGAUACGAGGAGUAAAGGACGCUACAAAUGUGUGGUCAACAAUGUAACCGUGACAUAUGUUGUUGCAACAGUGGAAGCUCCCAUCAGGACAGUCUCCAUUGACAUCAAUCCCUCUGGGCUGAUUCAGUGCUCUACUAAAGACGUCUAUCCAGCACCGGUGGUGCAGUGGAGCACAGAACCCAGGUUAAGCCAUGCCCUGCAGCCCAUCACCCGCAUGGCUCCUGGCGGAAAAAGACUCUUUACAGUAGAGAGCAUCCUAAAACAGCAAAAUAAUAGCCUUGAUUAUAUUUAUGUGUGUAACAUCACCUCUAAAUACGCCACGCACACACGGACAGCUUCUUUACAGCUGCAAGAAAUUACCGGCUCUGAAGGGAAAGACCUGGUUAUUCCAUGUAAGGCUCCUAAGAAACUUCAGUCCUUCUCUCUCGUCUGGACUUUUACGACAGCAAACAAAACCACAGAUAUCCUCACGUACGACAGCCAAACUCAUAAAUCCAGAAGCUUGUGGGAAAAUGCAGAACUAGAGGAUGACAAUGCAUUGAAGGGGGACGUUUCACUAACCCUGGAGAACACUGUUGGCUCAGAACAUUCUGGAUUCUACACAUGUGCCUUCUCAGGAGCAGAGACAAGGCAUCUGAUACAGAGCCGUGUUGUUAUUACAUCCGCCAGGCAGGAGAAAGAUUUUGUUAGAUAUAAUCUGUGGAUGUUGGGUAUCGUCGCAGGAUUAAUCGCUCUUCUUGCUCUCACUUUAGUUGUAAAAAGAUACAGAGCAAAAUCAAAAAGAAAUCAAGAAAGCGCUCAAGAGGAUGCGGAAAUGCAAAGCAUGAACCCAGACAAAACAUCAGAAGAGCCACAAGCCGGAAAUAAACUGACGACACAGGCUUCAGCUUCUCACAGUUAGCCAUGGAAAGAAGAAAGGAUAAUGAAAGGGAAACCAGUAUGAAAUACAAGAUGGAAGACCAGUUAAUGGGACUUUAUUUCUAUGCAGUCUGAUUAUUUGUGAGAAACAAUUUAUCAUCCAGGAAAUGUUUGAUGUAUU